AUGGCAGGAGACGGAUUACCCCACGAUAAGCUCUGCCUGAGGGUGAAGGCGGCGUUGGCGGGGAAGCUUGCGAUUGGCGCACAUGUGCGACGCGCUCGACGCUCGACAUCGCGCGAGGCAGCAACGCUUAACUUGCAGACGCCCGUGUAUGCGUUCCAGGUCGUCAUUCACCGUGGUCCCAUGACAUGGCUCCUGGCUGCUGUCUGGGUGGUGGGGUGCCCGUGCCGACGCAGCGCCACGGGAUGGCCCAGAUACGACGAGGAAGGGCAGCAAGAGAAGAACACCUGGGCAGCUCCCAGACUCUUCAACUCGGUACUUUGGCCUGCUGGGCGUGUCCGUAUCCAACAUCUAGUCACGUCUGCAGUUCACUGUCUUAUCGGAGAUAGCUUUAGCGCGUUCUGCACAGACCACCACUUGACUCCCAGCGGCCUCGCUGCAUCAACGGCACUCGCAGCUCGUGUCUCCUCUACCUACUCUACUCCCCCUCGCCCGCCUCUUCUACCUGCUCAGUCUGUUUAUCCUGUUCCCACCCUUGCACCGCCAACCUCGCCUUUGCUUUUCUGGGCUGGUUUGUCUAUCCGCCGUCUAUCAUCCACCAUCAAAUCCGCCUCGAGGCCUGCCAUCUCGGUACCCCGUCUCACCGCCCGCCCCUCACAACUCAACGACACGACGACGCGCCACCAGCGAUCUGCAGCGACGUGA